AGGUUUCCAGUAUAAAUUACCACACUGAUGGAAGCUGGUCAAUCAUCUUCACCUGGAAGAUCUGAGCAGAUCGUUGAGUUUGCUUUUAAGCUGUUACAUUAAGCAUCUUCACAUCAGAAAUCUGAUCCUUCAUUUCAAGAAUUUUUUUGACCAUCUGCAAAUCCUGAAAAACCUCUGAAGGCUUUUGGAAACAAUGGCAGAGCAAAGGAAGAUUUUUAAAGAUCCCAUCCAUGGGACUAUAGAGCUGCAUCCACUCCUUGUCAAGAUCAUUGACACGCCUCAGUUUCAACGACUUCGAAACAUCAAGCAGCUUGGAGCUGUAUCUUAUGUUUACCCUGGAGCAACCCACAGCCGCUUUGAACACAGCAUUGGGGUGGCUUACCUGGCUGGAGAAAUUUUAAAGUCUAUCAGAGAGAAGCAGCAGGAUCUUGGGAUUACUGACUGGGACGUCCUUUGUGUGCAAAUUGCUGCACUUUGCCAUGACCUUGGUGAGGGACUUCCUGAGCUGGACCGACCCCAGCUGCUGACCCAGCAGCAGGAGGAGCAGGAGCUGAAAGAGAGCAGCUACCUCUAUACUAUUAAAGGGAUAAGGCCACCCUCAAAUCCUUCAGAAAAGCGCUACAUCCUCUACGAAAUUGUGUCCAACAAAAGGAACAAGAUUGAUGUAGAUAAGUGGGAUUAUUUUGUCAGAGACUGCCAUUACCUGGGUAUGAAGAAUAGCUUUGACCAUGAGCGUUUGAUUAAAUCUGCUAGGGCGUGUGAGGUGGCUGGAGAAUUUACAAUACAUUGUGAUUAUCGUUAACAGGACGUGUUCAAUCUGUAUGACAUGUUCUACACAAGGUUCUCUCUACACAAAAGAGCCUACCAGCACAAAGUGAAUUGUGCCAUAGAGCGGAUGAUAAACGAUGCUUUCCUCAAAGCAGAUAAGCACCUCAGCUUUGGAGGUAAGACCCUGUCCACAGCUAUAGAAGACAUGGGGGCCUACACUAAGCUGACAGAUACCAUAUUUGAUCAGAUACUGAACUCCACCUCCCAAACACUUCGAGAGGCAAGGGAUAUAUUGAAAAGGAUAGUGAGGAGAGACCUCUACUAUUGUCUGGGGGAAUUUCCCUCAAGACGCUCCCAGCAAGUUAUCGAGGUAUGCUUGUUUGAGUGCAAAUGUAGCAUCAUGUCAAUUAACUGCACUCUAUGAAUUAAUGUUUGACCUCAUAUAUAAGUACCAUUUGGAAGUUGUAACAUAUCACACAGAUUGUACACAAUUUCUGUUAAGGCAAAUUGGAACGCAUUCCGUCGACUUGACCCGAAUUACUAUAUUGUGCAUGUGAGUUUCAUUGUAAACAGGAAAAUUCAGUUAACAUCUGAAAAC